AUGGCGGAAGGGAUGAGUGGAAGCCCACUAUUAGAAGAUAUCCCGGAGUUGCUCCACCGCAUACAAAUGCGGUUGCCGGUAAAAGAAGCCGCCCGCACCAGCGUCUUGUCGAAGUCAUGGCUACACGCUUGGUCUACCAUCCCUACCCUCAGGUUUCUUCAAGCCACAAUGUCUCUUCGCAAAGAACAAAAGCCAGAGCACUUAAAGGUGAUUGACCACACUCUCAAAAAGUAUCUCCAUAACAACAUACCAAUCGAAAGACUUUACCUUAUGAUCGACACCGAGAAUCAGGAGUACUCGUCUUCUCUUGCUGAAAAAUGGAUUACGUCUGUUGCAACCAAAAGUUGUCUGAAGCAGCUUUCCAUCUUAAUCAUGGUUACAAGUGCAUCCUUUAGUUUGCCAGAUGAUAUACUCUCUGGCAAAAACCUAACUAAGUUAAGAGUUACAGGUUCUUUCUCAAAGAUCCAUUCCCUUUUAAUGACUACCCAUCCUGUCAUCAACUCGGUGUCCCUACGAAAACUGCACUUGAAGCAUGUUCACAUAAGUGAACAGGUUAUUCAUGAGAUAUUCUCUACUUGUAAAUUGCUUGUGGAUGUAGAACUUUUUCAUUGCAAGGGCUUUGAUACCAUCAAGAUUAAAAACCUUGGUUUUCUUAACAAUUUACAAAUUGAUUCAUAUGAACGAAACCGUAUUCUGGAAAUCAAUGAGGUCCCGAAUCUAAGCUUCUUUUGGUGUGUAGGAAACCCUCUUUCAGUUAACAUGGGUUCCUUAGAAAAAGUGACGCAUUUAUCGUUUGGUGAUGUGUUCAUGGACGAAGCAUUUCUAGACAUGAUGAAAUUAAAAUUCCCUUUGCUCGAGAGUUUGACACUUUAUAUGAGAUUAUGGAAUUUCGAAAGCUUCCAUUUCACAUGUGCUUCCUUGAAGAGAUUGUCAUUACUGGGGUGCUCAUUGAGGCUUAUCAAUGUACAAGUUAAUGCACCAAAAUUACAUUCUUUUUGUUUUGAAGGUCAGACAAUGCCUAGUCUCAUGUUUCCAGCUGUUGCCAACUCUGGACUCAAGAAAAUCAAGCUUGGAAUGUAUCUAAGCAAUCCGGUUGAUACUUCUUUUUUUCUCAAGAUGAGGAACGCACUUGAGUUAUCAAUCGAGCGUGAAAUUGGAAUAACCAUGACCAAUAUUGUCAUAGUCCCACCAUUUGAGGUCGACAUCAUCAAUCUAAGAAAAAUGGCAAAAUUUCCGGCUUUAGACGUGAAACGGCUGUUGUUUAAAACGAUUGGGGAUGAAGGUCUGUGGGAGAGUUCUCCAUUUUUUGAUGCAUUUUUUACGAUUUGUCAUCCUAAGAAAAUAAUUACAAAGCCAGACAAGAUGUUCCAACACCACAAUCACUUUUGCAAGCUGAUGGUGAGAGAGGUCAUGGAGAAGAAGAACACUGGAAAGGCCGAGGAGUAUUUGAAUUGGCCUUAUUACUUGAAAGGUUUUGAAGUAAAAUCCGAAAAAGAGAAAAGCCUUCCAGAUGGUUUGAGAACCUCUUUAGAUGGGUCGUCACGUCACAGUGUUUUCAAACUAAAUUGGCGUUAA